CCACUACUGCGUCAAUUUUGGCACUCUGCCAGUUCCUGCCACGACGAUACCUGUCAGUUGCUUACCGACAAUUGGAUCAUAUGCUCGCAUUUGUUGCCAGCCUUGAUUACGUUCGCCAUGGAUUAUCAUCCUUGGCCAAAACUGGCCGGCUCGCCUCACUUUGCUGCAAGUAUGUAUCUUCUGGGUUGGCACUCUUCAAGCGUUCCCUGCACCGUGCCGAGAACAGGCAGAAGGCAUUUAGCUUGUCUGUGGUCAAUAGCAAUGCCAUGAAUUGAAGGGCAGAGGCAUUAAAGGGAGCUUGACUCCGGUGUCUAGCGGUCAGCAACCUGGAUAUGGCUAAGCCUGCUUCCUUCAGACCUCUGUGGUCCAGCAACCUUAACACCAAGGCGUGAGAUUGGACAUUCUGCAGAUGCUGCAUAUCGUCAUGCAUAAGCAAGCAAAACCGUAACAUCAUGCAGUGCUGGUCGGUAUUAUUUGACAAGGUCAAGGUAAAUUCUGCACAGCCAGCGAAUAGGAAGCUAAUCGGCAAGACGAAAGGAGGGUUUGGGCGUACAUGGUCGGGACGGGAAGAGCCUUUUCUGUAUACGGCUCAGGCCAUAGCCGUACCUGUUCUCACAAAAUCGGUUCCCCGAUAUGCGUUUUACAAAGUUUUGGAGGCUCGGCCUACUGUGUUCGUUGAUGAUGCCUGCUGUAAUCUGACGCGAGCGACGUGUUGACCCAUCCCACACACGCAUGCAUGAUGCUAAGGCCCAGGUUGUUAUGGCAAGGGAUACAAUCGCAGCACAGACACAUCCACAUUAUCUUUUUGCCUGUUGUACUUGAC